UCCAAUAAUCCGCCAUAUUCAAACUUCCGCUGUGGUGUGUGGACUGUUGUCAUCGAUCUUUUUUACUUUCUGUUUUUUUAACCCAUAAAACCAAUUAAUUAAGUUAGCUUUAAACCCAUUUCUGCAAUAAUUUUUGAUUAAAACUCAAAUUAGUUUGUUUUAGAACGAAGACUACCGGAAUGGGGGACGACAUUGACGAUAUUUGCCCGAGGACGGUGGACAACAAUAAGCGCACACUCCGCAGAAUGUCAACGAGAACGUCUACUACGAGUAUCAUCAGCGCUGCUGAGUCCUCUCCUCCUAAACCCCAGAGAAGCAACUCAAAGAAACCUCCGCUUCAGAGAGGCAGCUCCUUCACAUUUCUCACACCAGGAACUCCAUGGGACUUCACUCUGAAAAGAAAGCGCAAAGAGAAAGACGAUGACACCGUCAGUCUGUCCAGCUUUGACCUCAAGGAGCCCAGUAGUAAGCGUGUUCGACCGCUGGCCAAAGUUUCAUCCCUUGUUAAUCUGAUGUCUCCUUCAAAGAACGGAGCAGUACGGCGGUUCGGUCAGACCAUUCAGUCAUUACGCGCUGAUACCAAGUCACCGGGGACAACGCUGAAAGCCAACAGCAAAUCAGGUCCAACCCCCACCAAACGCAGAAACAGCACCUUGUGGUCGGAGACGCUGGACGUCCACCAGAAGAGCACCUUCUCCACCAAGGAGAUCAAGAGACAGGAGGCAAUUUAUGAACUUUUCAGGGGGGAGCAGGACCUCAUCGAGGAUCUUCAGCUUGCACGAAAGGCAUACCAUGACCCCAUGCUGAAACUCUCCAUCAUGACGGAGGAGGAGCUAGCUCACAUUUUUGGUGACCUGGAUGCUUACAUCCCUUUACAUGAGGACUUAUUGAUUAAGCUGACAGAGGAAACUGGCUCAGAUGGGACCGUAGCUCAGAUUGGACAAAUAGUAAUAAACUGGCUGCCCGGUUUGAACGCAUAUAGAAACUACUGCAGCAACCAGCUGGCAGCCAAAGCCCUGCUGGACCAGAAGAAGCAGGACAGACGGGUCCAGGACUUCCUGCAGCGCUGUCUGGAGUCCCCCUUCAGCAGGAAGUUGGACCUUUGGAGCUUCCUCGACAUUCCGCGUUCACGCCUGGUGAAAUAUCCCCUGUUGCUGCGAGAAAUCCUCCGACAUACUCCUCCGGAUCACCCUGAUGUGACCAGCCUGGAGAAAGCGAUCACAAUAAUCCAGGAGAUUCUGUCCGACAUCAACAUGAGAAAAGGAGAGUCUGAAUGCCAGUAUUACAUAGAUAAGCUGGAGUUUCUGGAUGAGAAGCAGCGAGACCCUCUCAUUGACGACUGCAAGACCCUGUUGUGUCACGGCGAGCUGCGCACAAAGAGUGGUUCCAGGCUACACGUGUUUCUCUUCUCUGAGCUGCUGGUUCUGACCCGACCAGUGACCCGCAACGACAGGAGCUGCUUCCAGGUGUACCGCCGGCCCAUUCCUGUGAAAGAUCUGGCUCUGGAGGACCUGCAGGAUGGAGAGAUCCGCAUGGGGGGGUCCUUCAGAGGGGCCUUCACCAACGGAGAAAAGGCUAAGAACGUUUUCCGAGUGAGCUCCACGGAUGCUUCCCACUGCCAGACCCACACCCUGCACGUCAGCGACGUUUACCACAAGCAGCAGUGGCUCAACAGCCUACGCACGGCGAUGGCCCAACAGCAGGGGGGCUCAGCCAACGCCCGGGACGGGGAACCCGUCCCGGCAAAGCGCCGCUCCGCCGCCAGGAUCUGCGAUGCAAAAACAGAUGAGAACUGUCCGCCCGCCUCUGGUCCCAAACUCAGGCGUCAGACGCUCUCCAAAAGCAGACUGGACCAGAAGCUAAACGAACCGCAGAAGAGAAAGGAAACAAAAGUUUAAGUGUUUACUUACUUUUAAAACUUCUUUCAAAAUAUUUGUUUUAAAGCAGCCAAAUUGUAUUAUGCCGCGUCUUUCUAGCUGCACUGAAAAUCAGUUUGAAUCAUCUCCGUCCUGAGGGAUCUGAAGUUUUUCUGCUUCAAAUGAGUUAUUAGUUUACAAAAAGCAAAAGAUGCCACUGGUCAGUGUCUGUAAACCACUCACGUGUGUGGAAUUAGAAUUAGUAUCUUGUGUGCGUUAUACAAUUUUAUGCCACUUAUAGUGUUUUUUUUUACAUUUAUUCCAUUAUGUUUUCUUAAGUAAUUCAGUAACAUGUACAUUAGUGUGUGAUGUUAACAGGGCUGAGAUAAAGAAUCAGGAAGUUGAGGUCUUGCAACAUCUGUGCUUUCCUCAGAAAAGCCCCUGAGUGACACAGCUCUGAAAAAUCGUGAGAUUUAAUGCAGGAUUAUGAGUGAAAUUUAACUGAAAAGUCUGACUUCAGACGUGAUACAUUUACAAAUAUUCUUCACAAGUAUGUAUUUAGUAGAAAUGUGCUGGUAAAAAGGAAAAAAAAAGAGAAGUGACGAACUGUUUACUUUUUUGUACCGAGUUUAACCGUCUGUGUGUGGGUUUUUCUUUUUUUUUAUUGCAGUAAACAUACCUUUGACUUGA